CAGAUAACAUGUCCCCGUGGGCGACUCUUCCCUGCCAGAGCCCCUGAGGCUAGACCCAGGGUCGGAGCUGGAAUAAUGGGUGGAAGUCCGGGGGUUGGAGGGUCUGUAGGCAGAAGCAGGUUGGCUGGGAUCCGGAACAGUGUUAAGGAACAAUGCCAUUUGCCACUGGACCCCAUGGGAAAGGAGAAGGGGCCAGGUGGGCCUGGAAAGGUCCCCAAGCUCCUGGAGCUCUUGGAUAUUAUGUUGUCUCCUGAUAGCUCCACCGACAAACCCCAAUCCAGGGGCGGGCACAGAGACCCACCCCCUCCUAGGCCAGGCGGAGCGACUAGUCCCCCAGCCCAGGUCUACCUUAACUGGGCAGCUCUGUGGGCGGGGCGUGUUGCUGAUGCCAUCUGUGCAGACGGCAGCCCAGGCCGGACAGCGGACUGCCCUGCAGGCAGCACCCACAGCCUCCAGCUUGCUGACCUGGCUCCCAGGCUGAGUCUGCCGCCCAGCACCAUGAUCCAGGGCACCCUGGAGCCUGAUGGCUUCGGCUGGGGCUGGGACGGGGAGGAUGACUGGGACGGCGCUGUCCUGACCUUACUGGCGUUGGCUGUGGUGGGUGCCACAGCACUGGCCUUGCACUGGUUUGGCUCUGGGCAGGACCAGGAGGCAGCAGGACCCGCACCCACAACCCCCGGGGCCCAGCCUUCUCAGGCGGGAGGAGCCAGGCCAGCCUUGCCCCUGAAGUCCAAGGUCAGUGGUGGUGUCGAGGGACACAGCUCAGGGCAGAGGAAGUUAGACCCUCCGGGACGUGGCCAGAGGAGUCCGGCUGCACCAGGGACCCAGGAUCAGAAGCUCCGGGGAACUGGAGGUCUGGCUGCCACAGCUCUACCUCCACUCAAGACACCUGGCGAGGUGACCCUUGGCGGGACCUUGAGGCAGCAGCAAGGUCAUGCCAGUGCAGGAGCCCCCCAAGGUCAAGGAAGAGAGCCUCUCAGGCCAGGUACUGCCCUGGGUCAGAGCAAAGUAGGGGGGAUACCUGGCCCCAUCCUGAUACCUUCAACCCCUCGGAGUCCUGGCAGAGAGAUGGAAGGACGAGUGAAGGCAGGAGGCAUCCAAGUCAAGGUGCCAACUCACCAGGGCCUGCUUCCCAUCACAGAACAGGACACCAGUCCCUGGCAACAAGGUGUAGGGCGACCUGGCUCACUAGACAGAGGCCCCGGCAGCCAGCGGUGGCAGGUGGACCCCAGCUCAGGAGAUAGGAACCGCCACUUCCCACAGCUGGCCUCCCUGCGCCUGGGCGCUGUGGUGAGUGUGUGGGAUGCUGUGGAUGCUGCCAGCAGCCUCACCACAGGCUCUCAGAGGCCCUCUGCUCCCCGGGAGCUGCCUCCAUCACACACCACACAGCCUGGGGCCCCGGCUGAGGGCAUAGAGAAGGGGCGCAGGGAGAGCAGCCUCCAACCAGCUUCCUGUCCUGGCUCUGGAGAGCAAGUUAGCCAGGGUCCUGCGGAGGAUGAAGCUCUCAGUCCAGUGCGAGCCCCAGCCCCCACCCCAGCCCCAGCCCCAGUCUCAGCCCAGCCCCACCCCAGCCCCAGCCCCAUCCCAGCCCCUGCCCCCAGUAGUGGGUCAAGGCUUAGGACACAGGAGCACAGCGUGGCCCUCAAGGACAAGCAGGAGGGACAAAUCCCAACCAGCUGGGAAAACCUUAUUUCCAUGGUUCUUAGGAGUCACUCUUUCCCCAGGCAAGACAGACCCCAAGGGAGAGCCCCAAAGGCAGCUCCCGAGAGCCCUAGAGAUCCCAGCACUGGUGCCCGCUCUGAGAACAGAGAGUCUGGUUCUCCGCCUGAAGGGGCCGCCCCCAGCCUGGAGCUCAGGGACCGCUCCUCGGACGGACGGGUCACAGGGGCAGACGCGGGGGGCCUGGCUGAGGCGGGACGUGAGCAGCCGCAGAGCCGCGUGGAGACCAAGGAGGCUCCCGCUCCAGACCCUGCCUCAGGUCGGAGAGGGGAUGCCGUCGAGGAGAAGCGAGAAGACCCUGUGCCGCCCGGUGCUGCCAGGCCAGGCCCGGGCCAGCCCCCCGAGCGCAAGCAGCCUGGCCCCGAGCCCUCCGCCCCUGGGAGGGGCCCUCGCAGGCCGGUCCCGCAGACCGCGGAGACGCAGCGCGUGCGGCAGAGCCGAGAGCUCCGAGCGCGGGGUCGGCCAGGCUGCGCAGCGGAGAACAACCCGGGAGAGGCUCGCGGGGAGGGCGCGGCGGGCAGCGGGGGGCCGUUCCCGGAGGAGCGGGAAGAAGCCGGAAAGCUCACGGGGCUUCUGCAGAGGCGGGGGGGCCGGGGCCUGGCCCGGGAGCCGGCUUCGGCGGCCGCUCUGCACCGGAGGCUGGACCUGGGCAACUGCCUGGACGUCCUGGCCUUCGCACAGCACGGGGAGCCCGGCCUGGUGCGGGAGACCUAUGCCCUGAUGAGCGACCUGCUGCACGUGCUGGGAGACCCGAGCCUCUACCGGCAGCUAGCGGGGGACCGCGAGCGCAUCCUGAGCCUUCGGACGGGCCGGGGCCAGGCGGUGCUGGGGGUCCUUGUGCUGCCCAGCCUAUACCAGGUGAGCCGCUCGGGCUCGCGGGGCCCUUGCGGGGAGGAGGCUCCUGCUGCGGAGUCCGCGGCCCCGCCUCCCCGCCCGCACCUGCACGUGUUCAACCCUCGAGAAAACACCUGGCGGCCCCUGACUCAGGUGCCGGAGGAGGCCCCGCUUCGGGGCUGCGGUCUCUGCACCAUGCACAACUACCUGUUCCUGGCGGGCGGCAUUCGAGGCUCCGGUGCCAAGGCCGUCUGCUCCAACGAGGUCUUCUGCUACAACCCCCUGACCAACAUCUGGAGCCAGGUGCGGCCCAUGCAGCAGGCCCGCGCCCAGCUCAAGCUGGUGGCCCUGGACGGGCUGCUUUACGCCAUCGGUGGCGAGUGCUUGUACAGCAUGGAGCGCUAUGACCCGCGCACGGACACCUGGACCCUGCGGGCGCCCCUGCCCACAGGCACCUUCCCUGUGGCCCAUGAGGCUGUGGCCUGUCGUGGGGACAUCUACGUCAGGGGCCACCUCUUCUACCGCUUGCUGAGUACAGCCCUGGGAGGGACGCCGUGGGAUGAGUGCCCCUACAGUGCCAGCCACCGCGCUCCAGCGACAUGGUGGCGCUGGGGAGGCUUCCUCUACCUACCCUUCGACCUGCUGCGCGGCGUGGGCGCUGCCGUGUUGCGCUACAACACGGUGACAGGCUCCUGGAGCCGGGCGGCCUCCUUGCCGCUGCCCGACCCUGCCCCACUGCACUGCACCACGCUGGGCAACACCAUUUACUGCCUCAACCACCAGGUCACGGCCACCUUUACGGUCUCCGAGGGGACUGCCCAGUUCCAGGCCAGAGAGCUGCAGCCCUUUCCUCUGGGGAGUAAGGGGGUGCUCUGUCCAUUCAUCCUGACUCUGCCCGCCGGGGACCCCACUGCAGACUGCCCUCUGAGCUGCUGCUCUCCAGGGAGACCCUGGGGCUGGGAGUCUGGCACACGUGGGGCAUAGACCGCACGGCUGGGUAGCCAGAACUUUCUGCCAUUGUUUCUGGACUUUCCUUUCUAUUAUAAGACUCUGACUUCCCCUUCCAUAUCCCCACCCCAUAAAAGAGAUUUCUCACCCUGGGAGCUGAGGCUCCUUGUACCCGUGAGCUGGUUGCUGGGCGUCCCAAGCCUUUUCCCACCUCCCCCCACAGCAUGUUGUCUCCUGCCUUUAUGACUCGGCUCUUGCCCUCACACGUGAGUGGGCUCACAUGGCCCCUCCUCCAGGAUGGUUCUCCUCCUCUGGGCUCCAGCGCCAGGCUCCCUCUUGCAGCCCUGCACUGUCUGGAAAAGCAUCUGUGGGCCUACUGGGGACUCUGAGAGUCAGCGACUGAUGGGGCAUUGGUACUUAGGACCAGGAUGUGGCAUGUGCUGAGGGAGCUGAGUGACCACUGAGGGGAGCACGGAGGUGGCUAGAAGCACAGCACACUUCCUGUAUUUUGUCCCUAGGGGCCCCAAGCUGGGCAAGGAGUCUGUAAGGGAGUGGGAAGGGGAAACAAGAAACAGAAAAGUCCUCAGGAAAAUGUCCUUGCCCCAAGCCCUGGGAGCCUGGCUUGGCUCUUCCUGGGAACAGCUCUGUAGCCUUCCUUCGUCUGACUGGUCCCCAGAGGCCUAGAACCCUUGUCUAGGAAACCCUGACUGCAGCCGCCUCCUGUAAGCCCAGCCCAGGCCUGGCCAGGACCACUUGGGCUCAUGCCCCUCUGUGGGGCCUCUCCCACCUGCCCCGCCCCACUAGAAGCCAGCCUCGCCUCCGACCAACCCCGAUUCUUGCGUGAGACCCAAGUUUCCCCUGAGCUCCUUCUCUUAUUAGCUGUGGACUUCGAAGAGACAUCUAAUUUCAUUCUUCUCAUCUGUGAAAUAGGGAUAAUGAACGUAUUACUCAGGAGAGUUGUGAGAACCUAAGGUCACAUAUGUGA